GUCUCAACUAUUCCAUUUUCCAACGCUUUGUGAAACAUGCAAACUUUGCAUAAUCUUCAGCAUUGCGGACAGCAGUGGGCCAUGCACCAUUGGAGAUCAGUAUGCCACAUCCGUUUUGCACAGCUUGUGUGUGGUGAGCUGAAUACCAGACUGUGCCAUUCUGCUGUCCCACCAGUGAGCAUGGUGGCUGUCAGCCCCACAACAGCUGCUCUCCUCAGCCCAAGCAGGAAAUACAGAGCAAACGUUCACAAAAGUCAGAUGCCCCCUUCUGAGAUUAACCGUAUUUUAAAAUCGAACGAGUACAGUUUCAACGUUAACGGGUACGACGGAAGAAACGUCAGCUCGGUGCUAAGGUUCGACAGCAACCUCCUGGCGGCCAACUCGCCCAGCGAAGACCGCAGGAGCGCCGCCACCUGUCUGCAGAGCAGAGGCAUGAUGUUCGGGGUUUUUGACGGGCACGCGGGCCACGCCUGUGCGCAGGCCGUCAGUGAGAGGCUCUUCUACUACAUAGCCGUCUCCCUGCUCCCGCUGAAGACGCUGGUGGACAUCGAGGACGCGGUGGACAACGAGCGUCCCGUGCUCCCCAUUUUGCAGUGGCACAAGCACCCCAACGACUACGUCAGCACGGACUCCGGGAAGCUGUACUUCAACAGCCUGCGGACAUACUGGCAGGAGCUGAUCGACUUGGCGGAGGAUGAGGACAAGGACAUCCAGGCCGCCCUGGUGAACGCGUUCAAGAGGCUGGACAACGACAUUUCGCUGGAGGCGCAGGUGGACUUUGGGGACCCCUUCUCGCAUUACACUCCGUUCAGAGUCGCACUGUCGGGGUGCACCGCUUGCGUCGCCCAUGUGGAUGGAUCUGACUUGCACGUUGCUAACCUCGGGGACAGCAGGGCCGUGCUCGGGAUUCAGCAAGACGACGGCAGCUGGUCUGCUAUGACCAUUAGCAAUGACCACAACGCGCAGAACCCGGACGAGGUGCAGCGGAUCCGCUCAGAGCACCCGGCCUCCGAAAAGAAGACGGUGGUCAAACACGACAGGCUGCUGGGUCUUCUCAUGCCCUUCAGAGCUUUUGGGGACGUCAAGUUCAAGUGGAGCAGCGAGCUCUUGAAUCGUGUGUGUGAGACACGCUCAGAGAUUCUGUCGGGUAACGAGCACGCUAAAAUGCUUCCGCCAAAUUAUCACACACCCCCGUAUCUCAUAGCGGAGCCCGAGGUCACCCAUCACAAGCUCCGACCUCAAGACAAGUUCCUCGUCCUAGCCACAGAUGGCCUGUGGGAACUGAUGCAUAGGCAGAGUGUUGUGCAGGUCAUAGGAGAACACCUGACUGGAAUGUACUGGCAGAAACCAGUCUCUGGACUCUCCUUCACCUUGGGACAGAUGCACAGGUUGCUUUUGGAGAGGAAAGCUAGGUCCCUCUCAGCCCUUGAAGAUGAUAACUCUGCUACAUAUCUGUUGCGCCAUGCUUUGGGAGGUGACGGUUUUGGCACUGUGGAUCCCAGGCGCUUGUCCAAGAUUCUGAACCUUCCUCAAGAGCUGGCAAGAAUGUACAGAGAUGAUAUUACAAUUAUAGUAAUCCAUUUAAACAGCCCUGUCAUUGAAGCAAAUCACAAGGCAAACAUUACCGAGGCAGCAUAA